GGGGACGGCGAGCAGCGCGUCGCGCCCGGCGGCCCCGCGCGGGUGGCGCUGAAGAAGGAGAUCGGGCUCGUCAGCGCCUGUGCCAUCAUCAUCGGUAACAUAAUUGGUUCUGGAAUCUUUAUUUCACCAAAAGGAGUUUUGGAGCACACCGGCUCUGUGGGACUCGCGCUCGUUAUUUGGGUGCUCGGAGGAGGGAUCGCUGCUCUUGGAUCAUUAUGUUAUGCUGAACUAGGAGUAACUAUCCCUAAAUCAGGAGGGGAUUAUUCCUACGUCACAGAGAUUUUUGGUGGGUUAGCUGGGUUUUUGCUGCUCUGGAUACUCCUGACCUGGGUGAACGGCUCCAGCGUGCGAUGGGCCACUCGCAUUCAGGAUAUAUUCACCGCGGGAAAACUGCUAGCCCUGGCCCUAAUCAUUACUGUGGGCUUCAUACAAAUCUUUAAAGGAAACUACGAGGAACUGGCACCAAGCAACGCGUUCAAUUUUUGGAUGACUCCAUCAGUGGGGCAUUUAGCCUUAGCUUUCCUUCAAGGGUCCUUCGCAUUCAGCGGCUGGAACUUCUUGAACUACGUGACAGAAGAAUUAGUUGAUCCCCGCAGGAACCUACCUCGGGCCAUAUUCAUAUCCAUCCCAUUGGUGACAUUUGUGUAUACGUUCACCAACAUUGCAUAUUUCACUGCCAUGUCACCCCAAGAGCUCUUGUCCUCCAACGCUGUGGCGGUAACAUUUGGUGAAAAGUUACUGGGCUAUUUUUCCUGGGUUAUGCCAGUCUCAGUGGCCCUAUCUACAUUUGGAGGAAUAAAUGGAUACCUUUUUACCUCAUCAAGGCUGUGUUUCUCCGGCGCCCGCGAAGGCCACUUGCCCAGCCUGCUGGCCAUGAUCCACGUGGAGCACUGCACGCCCAUCCCGGCCCUGCUCGUGUGUUGCUUGGCCACUCUUAUCAUCAUGCUUGUUGGAGACACGUACACGUUAAUCAACUAUGUGUCGUUUAUUAACUACCUCUGCUACGGAGUGACAAUUAUCGGCCUGAUUGUGUUACGCUGGAGGAAACCCAAGAUCUUCAGACCUAUCAAGGUGAACCUCCUCGUCCCGGCCACUUACCUGGCGUUUUGGGCAUUUCUGUUGAUCUUCAGCUUAUACUCCGAGCCCGUCGUCUGUGGCGUUGGACUCAUUAUCAUUUUAACUGGAGUGCCAGUGUUUUUUCUCGGAGUCUACUGGAGAAACAAACCAAAGUGUGUAAAUAGGCUAAUAGAGUCCGUGACGUGCUGGGGGCAGAAGCUGUGCUUUGUGGUCUACCCUCAGGGGGGAGUCGCGGAAGAGGCAGAGCUGCCCUCUGCCCGCUCGCAGCGACCACGAAGCCAGACGUCCGCAAGGAAGUAACGAAGCAUCUCUGAGGCUCAAGUAGCUUCUUGUUUACAUGCUGAGUUUUGCAAAAAGUUUUUAUGGAAAAAAAUGUUUUUAGAGAUCCAGUAGUGAAGCCCAUAAAAUGAGCUACAUCCUUUAAGGCAUCUGUA